UACUUGGCAGAAAUAGCUGUUGGGGUCAGAGCACUUCAAGUAGGCCAAGCACAGCAGGAUGCCCGUUGGACCCAGGUGCAGCAAUGGAAUGCAGAUGCUGUGGUGUGGAGGGCCCAGUGUGACUCCCGGUUAGACAACUUUGGGGAACGGAUCCAGCACUUGCAAACUCGGAUCGACGCUAGUGAUGCAAAGCAUCAGGCCUUCUACCGGGCCUAUUAUGCGAGGUUCCCACCGCCGUCGGACUAGAGGUAUCUCGUGCCAAAAUAUCUCAGAAAGAGAAGGCAGUAGAGGAGAAACCCGAGAUUGACCCAUACGUUGCAGCUAUGAUGGGAUUUGGAGGUUUUGGAUCGUCGAAGAAGUGAACUGUGACCUGGGUCCCUAAAUCAGAAGUGUGGGGUAAAGCACAUAUAUGAGUCUCCCAGUGAUGCAAGCUAGGUGGAGGCAGUACUCUGUUUCGGGUUGUCUUGUUUCAUAUUCGCCUCUGCAAAUCACAUGGUCGAGAUUGUGACUUUAAGAGCUGCUAGUUACUAUUAAUCAAUGGUGCACGAUGUUAGACAGCUAUAUAUUGGACAAGAGGUUGAAACAUGAAAUGAAACCCUUGGAAAACUAUAGUUUUCCAAGCCUCUAGUACAAACAAAUAAGUCAGCAAAUUGUUGUAGCGUAUUGCGUAAAAAUAGCAACUUCAAUAGUGAAGGAGGUUUUUAAUUAGGUUUUGACAACACUAAUUAUCAAACCGCCCCCAUAUAUCUGUUCAAGUUUCCAGUUUCUUGACUAAUUUUGAGGAGUUGUUAAAGUUGGCUUUGAGGAUCAUGAUUUAAGCUUUGCUGGAUUAUGGCUUUAUAUGGUUUUGUUGUACCCUCCACACUUGCCAUCGUAUGUGAUCCACUUAAUUAAAGAUUAUACAACUACUCCAUCUUGCAAAAACUACAUUUUUUUCUUCUAUAUAAGGCGCAAUUUUGAAUCUCAUUCUCAUUCAAACUCAUCAUUUAAUCCUUGCAAACAAAAAAAUGUCCAACAUAACAGCUAUAGCUUUCCUAGUAACACUCUUGGCCGUGAUGGCAAAGAGCGGCGCCAUGGCCCCCGGCGCCGAAGCCCCGGUCCUGGAGCUAUACAUGCACGACAUCCUCGGCGGCAGCAACCCGACAGCCCGGCCCGUGACCGGGCUCCUCGGCAACAUCUACAGCGGGCAAGUCCCCUUCGCCCGCCCCCUCGGCUUCCAACCCCCCAAAAACGGCGUGGCCAUCCCCAACGCCAACGGCGCCAUCCCCACCAUCAACGCCAACGGCAUCCCCCUCGGAACCGGCCUGGCCGGCACCGCCUUCGCAGGAAUCCCCAAUAAUAACAACAACAACAACAACAACAUCAACACAGCCCAGCUGGGGCCGGACGGGCUGGGGCUGGGGUUUGGGACGAUCACAGUGAUCGACGACUACCUGACGGCAGCGCCGGAGCUGGGGUCGCAGCAGGUGGGGAAGGCGCAGGGAGUGUACGUGGCGAGCUCGGCGGACGGGUCGACGCAGAUGAUGGCGUUCACGGCGAUGAUGGAGGGAGGGGAGUUUGGGGAUAGCAUCAACUUCUUUGGGGUGUACAGGAUCGGGAGCACGAUGUCGAGGCUGUCCGUCACGGGGGGCACCGGCAAGUUUAAGAACGCAUGCGGUUUUGCGGAGGUGAGGUCGCUCAUUCCGGCGGGGCAGCAUGUUUCCGACGGGGUGCAGACGUUGCUCAGGAUGACUGUGCAUCUUACUUACUGAUACAUUUUGCAUUGUUUAAUUCUGUGUAUGUUUGUAUUGUGGUAUUGAUGAUUCUUGGUUUUAUAUGUGUGUUUGUUUUUUGAUUUUCCCUAAACAAAAGUGGUGCUA